AUGGACAUGGAGCAAGUACGACCUCGACCUGCGGUCAGGGCCUCUGUCCGACGAAUGUCCGUCUUUACCGAGGUGGGGCUGGUGGAUGAAGAGAGGAUUCGACAAGAACGUAGCCCAGUGCGGACCCAAGGCCAUACGUUGAAGCAGUUGCGGCCAGCGAAGAUGUUGCGGUUCCGGAGCCGGAACGACGUUAUCAACGAGAAAGCAGAAAAAGAUGAGGACGACGAGGACGACGAGGAGAGCGAUUGGGAAUCGGUAUACGAAGAAGACAACGAACAACACACCACGUCCACCGUGACCCUUCUCCCGACUCACAACACCAUAUCGACCAAGCUAUACCGACUGGGUCUAUUCAGCGUUGUAUUGGCAUUGCUGCUGCCAAUCCUCCAGCUCAAUCCCAUCUCACGAGUUGGCGUACGCGGUGGCAUGAUUCCACGCGCCACCAUCCAAGCGGAACCAGAGCACUCGAUGCUCGUUAGACGAGAAGAUUCACCCACCGACGCUUGCAAGCGAUGGAGCGGUCAGAGCGCCAUCGUCAAUGGUACACUAUACAUGUACGGCUUUCGCAAAUCCACAGACUCAAAGCAAGCGGAAAACACUUGGACCAACGACUUUCUCACCCUCGACCUCACAAAAUCCUGGCAAGUCGCCGCCCCUUCCUUAACCGGCCUCCCUAUACCAUCCGGCCCGCCCGCCGUCUCCCUCGGUCAACUCUGGUCCUCGAAGGAUUCGCUUUGGCUUUACGGCGGCCAGUACUCUGACAAGCCCAAAGUCGCUCCCGGGCCUAAUUCUAUCUGGGAAUACAGUAUUGCUACCAAGCAGUGGGUUGAGCAUAAGGACCCGAAGACUUCGGCUGGCGACAAUGCAGAGGGUGACGGGCAGAGUGUGCAGCGAGCCGCCGAGGGCGCUGGUUUCAGUGUCAAUACACUAGGCAGGGGCUUUUAUUUUGGAGGCCAUUUGGAUGAUUUCACCACCAAAGGAUGGAGUAAUCAGGUUGCCAGGGUGUAUCUGAAGAGCUUGUUGGAGUUCACAUUUCCAGGACACACCAACAACGCCGUUAAGAGUCUGAAAGACAACAAGACGGCUGGAAAGGAUGGCGUCUUUCGAAACAUUACCCAGGGCGGGCUGCAGAACUCUGGUUCAUUUCCCGAGCGAGCGGACGGCGUCCUCGUCUACGUCCCUGGUUUUGGCGAUGAGGGCAUUCUACUUGGUCUUACUGGCGGCGACAAUGAUACCUUUACGCAAAUGAACGUCAUCGACGUCUACGACAUUGCCAAAUCGACCUGGUACAAGCAAAGCACAUCUGGCAAGAUGCCAGAAUACCGUGUCAACCCUUGUGCCACAGUUGCAGCCGCUGCAGAUGGCUCAUCGUACAAUAUCUACAUGUUCGGCGGCCAAAACCUUCAACCCGCUGCUGCGCAGACCCAAAAAGAUGACAUGUGGAUUCUCUCCGUACCCUCCUUCACUUGGAUUCAAGUCGACCAAGACAAGCAAGCGGUCCCCUACGCGCGCGCUGGCCACGCCUGCCAUGUCUGGGACGGUCAAAUGAUCGUCGUAGGCGGCUUCAUAAGCCAGGAGAUUUCCUGCGAGUCCCCAGGCAUUUACGUGUUCAACAUGUCUAGCCUCUCGUGGUCUAAUCAGUUCACUGCACUCACGGGCGAGAAGGCGCUUCAGGGAUAUAGUGGCGAGGGCAGCACUGGCAACUCGUUCGCUCAACAGGCAAACCAGCGUGGAUUCGGAAUCGGCGCAGGCAUUCAAGGAUCCUACGGCUACGCCGUCCCCGACCCCGUCCGCCAGGUCAUCGGCGGCGAAGCAACGGGCGGUGCUACACUCACUGCUCCUAUUCAAACCGCCACCAAAGGGCCCCUCGCAACGGGCAAACCCUUGACCUACACCGUCACAGGACCCAACGGCGCCGUCGUAACCGAAAUCGUUGGUGGCGGUGGCGGCAGCUCGCAUGGCUAUAAUAGUAAAGGCACCAAUGUCGGUGCUAUCGUGGCUGGUGUAAUCGCAGGCGUCUUCUUCUUCAUUGCCGCCUACUUCGCCUUCUGCGCAUGGGUCUACCGCAAACAAGUCCAGAUCUGGAAGAAUCACGCCGCCAUGGUGACUACCCGCGCCAACAACGAGAAGCAGGGCACCUUCACAUCAGCAUCCAAGAACUCGAGCGAAAGGCCGCCUGGUACCCUCAGAGGAAGCAAUGGCGGCGCGGCGGCUGGAUCAUUCGAUAUCGCACGAGGCAAUAGUGCGGAGCAGACGACAGCAUAUGCGGGCCCAGCGGGCGAAUGGGGGAGAAGGAGUAGUGAGGGCAGUGUUACGGAAGACUUACUCUCGGGCCAAGAACCGAGCUUCUGGGGUACCAGAGGUGUUUUGUUGAAUCCGAGACGGAGUUUAAGGGUUAUAAAUAGGGAUUAG